AGGGGAUUUGAACUUGAAGUCUGAAAAAACAAUAACAACACAUCAUUUUCCAUCAUCACACCACCAGCUGCCGCCACAAGAAAAUUCUAACAAAAUGUCUGCGGAACGUGAGAUACCAGCAGAGGAUAGUAUUAAAGUCGUGUGUCGUUUUCGUCCAUUGAACGAUAGCGAGGAAAGAGCCGGCUCCAAGUUUAUUGUGAAAUUUCCCAACAGUGCUGAGGAAAAUUGUCUUUCUAUAGGGGGUAAAGUCUAUCUCUUCGACAAAGUAUUCAAACCAAAUGCAUCUCAAGAAAAAGUCUACAAUGAAGCGGCAAAAUCCAUUGUUACCGAUGUCUUGGCCGGUUAUAACGGUACCAUAUUUGCCUAUGGUCAAACAUCUUCCGGUAAAACACAUACCAUGGAAGGUGUCAUCGGUGAUCCCAAUAAACAGGGUAUCAUACCACGUAUUGUCAAUGAUAUUUUCAAUCACAUCUAUACCAUGGAAAUGAAUUUGGAAUUCCACAUUAAGGUUUCGUACUAUGAAAUCUAUAUGGAUAAAAUUCGUGAUCUGUUGGAUGUGUCGAAAAUCAAUUUGAGCGUGCAUGAAGAUAAGAAUCGUGUGCCGUAUGUAAAGGGUGCUACGGAACGUUUUGUGUCAUCACCAGAAGAUGUGUUCGAAGUCAUUGAGGAGGGUAAAUCGAAUCGUCACAUUGCCGUAACAAACAUGAACGAACAUUCAUCCCGUUCCCAUUCAGUAUUUUUGAUUAACGUCAAACAAGAGAAUUUGGAAAAUCAAAAGAAAUUAUCGGGUAAAUUGUAUUUGGUCGAUUUGGCUGGUUCCGAAAAGGUAUCGAAAACCGGUGCCGAAGGUACCGUACUCGAUGAAGCCAAGAACAUUAACAAAUCUUUGUCGGCAUUGGGUAAUGUCAUUUCCGCCUUGGCCGAUGGCAAUAAAACGCACAUACCCUAUCGUGACUCCAAACUGACGCGUAUUCUUCAAGAGUCUUUGGGUGGUAAUGCACGCACAACCAUUGUCAUUUGUUGUUCACCUGCCAGUUUUAACGAAUCGGAAACCAAGUCCACACUUGACUUUGGUCGUCGCGCCAAGACCGUCAAGAAUGUUGUGUGUGUCAAUGAAGAAUUGACCGCCGAGGAAUGGAAACGUCGCUACGAAAAGGAGAAGGAAAAGAAUGCCCGUCUCAAGGGCAAGGUAGAGAAAUUGGAACUCGAAUUGGCUCGCUGGCGUGCCGGAGAAACUGUCAAUGCCGAUGAACAAAUCAAUGUCGACGAACUUAUGGAGGCUAGCACACCCAAUCUGGAAGUGGAGGCCGUCGCUGCACCCAAUGCUGCUGGACCCAUGCCCGCCACACCAGCUGCCGGUCUCAUGUUGGGCUCCAUCAGCAGUGAUGAACGUGCCCGUUUGGAGGCCGAACGUGAACGUCUGUAUCAACAAUUGGAUGAGAAGGACGAAGAGAUCAAUCAACAAAGUCAAUAUGUUGAAAAUCUCAAGGAACAAAUCGUUGAGCAAGAGGAACUCAUUGCCAAUGCUCGUCGUGAAUACGAAGCCUUGCAGUCGGAAAUGGCUCGCAUUCAACAGGAGAACGAAUCGGCCAAAGAAGAGGUGAAAGAAGUCCUACAAGCCUUGGAAGAAUUGGCUGUUAACUACGACCAAAAAUCUCAAGAAAUCGACACCAAGAACAAGGACAUGGACAGCCUUAAUGAAGAGUUGCAACAAAAGCAGGCCUUGCUCAACACCACUACCACAGAGUUGCAACAAUUGCGUGACAUGUCCUCCCAUCAAAAGAAACGCAUUAAUGAAAUGCUGUCCAAUCUGUUGCGCGAUUUGGCUGAAGUGGGUCAAGCCCUAUCCUCAGCCGAUUCCACAAUCGACAUGAAAAUGAACAGCAUACCCAGUGCCGGCGACAGUGGCAAGGUGGAGGAAGAUUUCACCAUGGCCCGCCUGUACAUUAGCAAAAUGAAAACCGAAGCCAAGAAUAUAGCUCAACGCUGUACCAACUUGGAAACGCAACAAAUCGAUUCCAAUAAGAAACUCUCCGAAUACGAAAGAGAUUUGGGUGAAUAUCGUCUGCUUAUUUCCCAGCAUGAGGCUCGCAUGAAAUCCUUGCAGGAAUCAAUGCGUGAAGCUGAAAAUAAGAAACGUUCACUGGAGGAACAAAUCGAUUCGUUGCGUGAAGAAUGCGCUAAACUUAAGGCAGCGGAACAUGUGUCCGCUGUCAAUGCCGAAGAAAAGCAAAAGGCCGAAGAAUUGCGAGCCAUGUUCGAUUCACAAAUGGAUGAGUUGCGUGAAGCACAUACCAAACAGGUGUCGGAGUUGCGCGAUGAAAUCAUUGCCAAGCAACAUGAAAUGGAAGAAAUGAAGGAUUUGCAUCAAAAACUAAUCCUCGCCCAUCAACAAAUGGCUGCCGAUUACGAGAAAUUGAAACAAGAAGAGGCUGAGAAAUCAAAUAAAUUACAAGAAAUCAUACUCACCAACGAGAGACGUGAACAGGCUCGUAAAGAUCUCAAGGGUUUGGAAGAUACAGUGGCUAAGGAAUUGCAGACAUUGCAUAAUUUGAGGAAAUUGUUCGUUCAAGAUUUACAGGCCCGCAUUAAGAAGACCGUUCUAAACGAGGACAGCGAAGAAGACGGUGGCUCAUUGGCCCAAAAACAGAAAAUCUCCUUCCUCGAAAAUAAUCUGGACCAACUCACCAAAGUGCACAAACAAUUGGUGCGUGACAAUGCCGAUCUACGCUGUGAAUUGCCCAAAUUGGAGAAACGUUUGCGCACCACCAUGGAGCGUGUCAAGGCCUUGGAGACAGCGCUGAAAGAAGCCAAAGAAGGUGCUAUGCGUGACCGUAAACGCUAUCAAUACGAGGUGGAUCGCAUCAAGGAGGCUGUGCGACAGAAACAUUUGGGACGACGUGGUCCCCAGGCGCAAAUUGCUAAACCCAUUCGUGCUGGUCAGGGUGCAAUUGCCAUUCGUGGUGGUGGUGCCGCCGCUAAUCCCACACAAAUGCCUCAAGCAAGUGCUGUUAGUUCGUAAAAUGAUUUAAACUGUAAUUUUUACAACAACUAUUAUUAAUAUUAUUAUAUUAUAUUAUGAUAAUUAUAAUUACUAUU